UCGUGUGUGAAUGUUUCUCUUCCACAAAAGCGAUAGAAUCCACCAGAAAUCUUCGAUUGUCUCUCUCCCUCAUCUCAAUUAGGGUUUACGGGACCGAUUUUCUUCUGUCUUGCGUGCCUACAUCCGUCGAUUGGGUUGGGAAUUUUCAAUGCCUGCGAGUUCUUUAGCGGAAUCUGUCUCCGAAAACCCUAGGCACUGCCGAGCUGCUAAUUUUCGCCUGUGGUUCUGGCUUAACUUCGAGAGUUAGAAUCCUUACCUUUUCCUUUUCUGAUUUUCGUUGUUUUUUUUUCUUCUGAAUUCCGAUGGCUCCGAGCCGCAAGAGAGGGGGUGGUAGGGCUGCGGCGGCAUCAUCCGCUCGCCGAGAGUGGAAGGUUGGCGAUCUCGUUCUUGCCAAAGUCAAAGGAUUUCCUGCUUGGCCUGCCGUGGUUGACGAACCGGAAAAAUGGGGCCACUCAGCCGAUUCGAAGAAAGUAACUGUUCACUUUUUUGGCACUCAACAGAUAGCUUUUUGCAAUCAUGGUGAUGUUGAAUCAUUUACUGAGGAGAAGAAGCAAUCACUUUUGACAAGACGGCACGCCAAAGGUUCAGAUUUUGUCCGUGCUGUCAAGGAGAUCACAGAGAGUUACGAGAAGCUGAAGCAGCAGGACCAAGCUAGUGGGCCUAAAUAUGCUGAAGAAACAACUGCUGGAAGUUCUGGGAACACUUCACAGCUGCCUCAGGCCUGUGAAAAUCUAAUUGGUUCAAGACUUGACACUCAAAUAGAGUCAAGUUCUAGUCAUGGUAGAGAUGAGUUGACUCUUCUCAGCGAAGAUGCUUCAGCUGCUGAACAAAUGCUAGCCCUGCGUCAUAACACUCUAGCUCAUAAUGGUGCCUGUGAUAGUGCAGCAGCUAAAGAUCUAUGUGAGAUAGCUACAUAUUCCUCAAGGAGAAGAAAUGAAAGGGUGCGGGCUCUAAAGUAUGCUCCACAGAGUAUAAUAUUACCGGUUGAGCACUCUAAAAUCUCAUCAAGGUUGGAAUUGGAUAGAGUUCAAAGGUCCAUGCUUCAAUGCAGUGAUGGUGGUCCAAGUGUCAAUAGUAUAAAUGGCAAAGCUAUAAGAAGGAGAAAAAGAAUCCGUACGUCAGGUCAAUCUGAAUCAGAUGACGUGGUUUCAUCAGAUCUAAAUCUGCACGGAUCUGAUGAGGACAACGCAUCUGAAAUUGCUACAGUUGAAUCUAACAAUAAUAGUAGGAAUGAAGGCAAUGGUGUGGAUUCUGGUUCCAAAGUUGAGUAUUCUGAUGCCGUUGGUGAGGGUUGUGACGGAGGUCAUGAGCUUAACAAAGGGCUUGAUUUUCAUAUUAGCACCAUGGUUAAGAGGAAGAAGAGGAAACCCACCAGAAAACGUGAAACCAGUGACAUUAUUGACCCUCCUGCUAAAGUUGAAGCAGAAGGUCUUGGGCCCAAUGCAUGUGAUAGCUGCCAGAGAUCUCAAAAUUCUCAUGAAAGGCUGAAUGAGAGGCCCUGUGAAGAGAAUGGUGAUGAACAUUUGCCUCUGGUAAAGCGAGCCAGAGUUCGAAUGAGUAGAGCUUUUUAUGCUGAUGAAAAGGUCAAUGCCUCUUCACAGGUGGAAGAGAGAUCGUCGAAAGACACCCUACUAAGUGCAGCUUUGCAGACAAGCCCUUCUGUGAAUCAUGAAAAUGGUAUUGGUUCUGGUCAUGAUACUUCUGCAGCCGAAGAAUUUAACAGCUUUGAGUUGUCUGCUAAGCUUUCAGGUGUUAUGGUUGAUGUAGUGCCUUCUCAUAUGGAGAAACCUUCAGACAGAAUGUCUCCUUCUGUGGCCUGUGUUCAGACUGUAGGAGAUAGACAAACGGCUGUGAAUUUCCAUGAGAACGAGUUUACCAUGACACUAGAUGAUGAAGUAACUCGAGCACAAUCUAACCAACUUAGCAGUUUGGUAGAAACAGAAGCUCGUGUUCCUGAAGUAGUUCAGGGAUGUUCUGAGGAAUCGCAAACUGGGAACUGUCUAAUUAGUGAGACUGAUCCUAUUGAUAUACAAUGCUCACAUCAAAGUGAGAAACAUGAAACCCCUUUGAAUCCUGAUAUCGUUGAUUCAUCUGCAAAUAAGUCCCCCGGUUUAUGCUCGAGUUUGGAUAUGACAACAACAGUGGUACCUGCUCAAUCUCCUCACCAACACAAAAUCCAGGAGUAUGAUUCUAGUGACCAUUCAUUGGUCAUUGUUGGAGAUUCUCUUAAUGGAAAAUGUGAGAAAAUUGAUUACUGUAUGACUCAGGUUGUUCAGUCCCAAGCCUUAGAACCGCCGCCUCCAUUGUUCUGUUCAGUGGUCAAUUAUCAGGAGGUUGAAAACCUGCAGGAGACUGAAAAUACUCUUUGGAAAGAAAACCAAGGAAGUCCCGGUAAAGAACUUGAUAGUGACAAACAAGCUCACAUGAUACAGAAUCCAGUACUCUCUGCUACUGAAAGUGAAAUGAUCGUAGAUGAUGCGGAACCUCAGUAUGAAACUGUAUAUAGUCACUGUGCAGAUGCUGUGGAGAACAGAGAGCUGGAAAAGAGUUGUGAGGUUGAUGAGCAGAAGGAGCAGAUGCAAGCCACCAAUUCUAUCUCAGUAUCUGAGAACUUUUCACGUGAAAAAUUGAAUUCAUCUCCUGCAAGGGGUACUCCAAAUUGCAACUCAGUAUGCCGAAUUUCUACCGCAGAAAGUGAAAAUGCUAUGCAGAACAACAGUUAUUACAGCACCAAUGUUCAGUAUGGUGAGAACAAAUCAUUAAAUGUUGACACUGUCAAAGAAGAAAGCAAAGUUGAAACAGGCACAACUCAGGUGAAGAAAGUUGUUAGUUCUGAUGUGCAAUGCACUGUUGAGUCUUUUGAGACUGCACUUGACUCAUUGGUGAGGACAAAGGAGACCAUUGGCCGAGCAACUCGCUUGGCUAUGGACUUGGCGAAAUUUGGCGUUUCAGCAAAGGCGAUGGAAAUUCUGGCCCACACUUUGGAAAGUGAGUCAAAUUUACAAAGGAGGGUGGAUUUAUUUUUCCUUGUGGAUUCUAUUGCUCAGUGCUCCAAAGGUUUGAAUGGUGAUGCUGGUGGUGUUUAUCUUUCAUCCAUUCAGGCUAUGCUACCUCGCCUAUUAACUGCUGCUGUCCCAGCUGGAGCUACCACACAAGAAAACCGAAAACAGUGCUUGAAGGUUUUGAGGCUUUGGCUUGAAAGACGGAUCCUUCCUGAAUCUAUAGUUCGUCACCAUAUAAGAGAACUUGAUUCGCUUAGUAAUGUUCCUGCUUGCCUCUAUUCUCGGCGAUCCGCUCGAACAGAAAGGGCGCUGGAUGACCCUGUUAGAGAUAUGGAGGGUAUACUGGUGGAUGAAUAUGGAAGUAAUUCAACUCUCCAGCUUCAUGGAUUCUGCAUACCUCCAAUACUUAGGGAUGAAGACGAAGGAAGUGACUCGGAUGGGGGUGAUUUUGAGUCUGUCACCCCUGAACACGAGUCAAGAAGCCUUGAAGAACAUGUCACACCGUCCAUUACCGAAAGGCAUACCCGUAUACUGGAAGAUGUUGAUGGUGAGCUUGAAAUGGAAGACGUGGCUCCACCUUGGGAAGGUGGAAGCAGUGCUAGUGCGAUCACAGAUCAAGCUGAUAAUAGAGAGUCUGCAAAUUGUCUGCUUGUCCCUGGAACUUCACAUCAGAAUGUUACCUCGUCAUCUCCACCAGCUCGCCCUUCGCAGAAUGCUCAGUUGGCAAUGUCUAAUUCCUACUCAAAUGGCUUUGACUACCGCAGAAAUCCCAGCAUGCAGGGCGACUAUCAUGCCGGUCCUCCAAGGAUGAAUCCCCCAAUGCAUUACGGAAGUCCUGAACCAUCUUAUAGUUCCCGAGUAUCUUUGUCAAAAAGCAUGCCACGUGGGGAGGGUUCUAACUUCCAGCAUAGGCCAUAUCCAUCUUCUCAUCCCCCACCUCCUCCGCCAUCACAUCAUUAUUCAUAUAUGGAGCCGGACCACCAUAUAAAGUCGCGGAGAGAAGGUCUAUCAUACCCUCACAGAUCUCAUUACACACUGGAAUUUGACGAAAGGAAUUAUCAAGACAGCUAUGAGAGAAUGAGGCCUGAACCAUGCGAGAAUCGAGACAAUUGGAGAUAUCAUCCGCCCUCUUCUCAUGGUCCACGAUAUCAUGACAGACACAAAGGACCUCAUCAAUCGAGCUCAUACAGUGGGCAUCACCGUGACUCAGGAAGGUUGCAGAACAAUAGGUGGAGUGAUUCUCCGCGUGCAUAUAACAAUAGACACUCUUAUCACUAUAAGCAGCAUUCGGAAGGUCCUGUUCCAGUAGGAAUGAGAGAUCCAGGGACGUGGCAUCAAAGGUGAGUGGGAGACAAGAGAUGAAGAAGGGCAAAGGUGCAGUCUGCUCUAAAUGAAAGACAUUUGGGCUAUAGUCAUGGAAAAGAAGA